CUGGGUGGUCCGGUGUGCAGGCGUGUUUUUAAUUUCCGUGUUUUCUAGAAUUCCGUAAGAAACGUGUUUUCGUAAAAUCCCUGCGUCUCGUUGUUCUCUUCAUUUAAUCAGCGGAUAAAAGCAUUCUGUUCUCGUCCAAUAAAACGCGACAAAGAUGGGUAAAAAGUACAAACUGAAGGAGGCCCAGGGAACCACCGACAAAGAGAAUCACAAGUCGAACUUAAAGACUAAUUUCAAAGCGAAAUCCAAAGCAUUUGCCAAGGCCGGUGGUACUCCAGUUCAGUCCAACAAAAACACUCCAAAGUCAGAUCGGCCGGCUGCCAGCAAAACUAGCAACAAAGCAUCUCCCCGAGAACCCCCAGUAGUGGGCGCGGUCGCCAGUAACACCAAGAAAAAUACUCAAGUAACAGCAAAGCCAUCCAAGUCCCCAGUGCCAACCAAGAGUCCCGUAAACAGCGGCAACGGCAUCGAUAGAAUCGAUCAGCAAACGGGAAAACCUAGCGGCAUGAAGAAUGGAACCGAUCCGCGAAACGCUGUGCCACCGAAAAAACGACCUCCACCGGCACCCUUUUCCUCCUCCACCGGAUGGGUAGUGGAGGAUGCUGAGGUUGCGCUGAGGUAUAGCGAUUCGGAGGAGGAAUCCGGUACCGCAGCCAAAAAGCGAAAGAGCAACGGCGUAGCAGGCGAUGCACAGAGAAAUGUUGUUCUAGCCAAGUACAACGGCGAUACGUACGAUCAAGAGUCGGAUUACGAUUCAGAGGAUUAUGAAUCGACGGAAGAAGGAACCAGUGUCUCGGAUGAGCAAUCCAGUGAUGAUGAUAGCGAACAGUGGACUGAUAUGGACGAGUACGAUGAUGAUGAUGAUGAUGAUUCUAGUUACUCCGAGGACAGUGUACAAAGGCAUUUGUAUCACGAUUACGAGGACGAAAGCGAAACCGAUGAGGACUACGUUCCAUCAUCAGCCGAUGAAGAUCUCUACAUACCGCGUGGUGCGGGUAAGGUGUACGAUUGCGAUGAUGACACGAUCGAGUUCGAGAAUGACGAACCACAAAUCAUCGAAUUGCCACCGGAUUACGGGACACCAUCGAAGCAAGAUGAGGACGAGGAGGAGGAAGCAACGACGGAAAGUGACGCUUCGGACAGCUGCCCUUCGCUGGUGCCCAUCUACAACGAGAAGGGAGAAAUGAUCGACGAUGUAAAGUUGCUACCCGGGAAGGGCGUCCACGAAGAGGAGCCAGUGGCAGAGCAGCGCGCAAGCUCGGAUGACGAAACACUUCCAAUCGACGAAUCAGGGGAGGAAGCAAGUGACGGCCUGGAAAACUACCACUUCUAUGAUGCCAUCGAUCGCCACAUGUCGCUGGUUAUGAUGAAGAAACCACUCCACCUGACUGGUCACGUAUCGGUGCAGGCACUGUUCGGGAAGGUGGAGAUUAUGGGCUAUACACUGGAUAAGGCUGAAAAGCGAACCGUUUAUGCUGCUCGCGGGUACAAUGCGGUGAACCUAACACCAAUACCGGAUCCGGAAACAUUCCAGCGUCCGGCAUUUGAGGCGAUUUUGCAGAAGCUGAAAAGUCAAUUCACCCGGCGCACGAUCGAUGAACUGCUGAAGCUGUUCAAUCCCACGGAUUACGUGCUGCUGCUGUUGGAUGCGGAACUAGAGAAGCGAAACACGACGGUGCGCAUCGUACACCGGUACCUGGAGGAGUACGAUCUGUUCCCGGCGUCCAAUACGACGACGACGGCCCCUUUGCGUGCCACCGAGUACUGGUUGAACGUGCGCCUGCUGGAACCGAGGGCGGAUGGUAGCAGUAAAUUGCCCCUCUUCCAGGCUAAUCCGGCCUGGAGUGAUGUGAUACUCCAUACCGACAGUCGACUGUUGGUGCUCGGUGGUAAGGGUGCAGGCAAAUCGACACUCUGUCAGUUUCUGCUGAACAGAUCAAUCAAAACGUUCGAUCGUAUAUUGUUAAUCGAUCUCGACAUUGGCCAACCGCUGUUGACGGCACCGGAAAUGAUCAGUGCGACGGUGCUCGACGUACCGUUGCUAGGUGUUGCCAGUUUUACUGUCGCCCAGCAACCGGUUCGCUGCCACUUGUUUGGUAGCCUGAACGUAGUAACGAAUCCCAUUUUCUUCAUCCAAAACGUCCGUUCACUGUUGGAGCAUUGCGAGAACACACCGUCGUUACGUGGAAUUCCAUGGAUCAUCAACACGAUGGGCUACGUCAGUGGGUUCGGUGAAGAGCUAACGGCGGCCAUAAUGCGACUCGUUCAGCCAACCGAUGUCAUACAGCUUUCGAUACCGGGCGCACGUGAGCGUGGAUCCGAAAACUAUCGCCACGCAAUGACGGCCAAAUUCAUACAGAGUUACAAGUUCAACAUUCUGCAGAAUGAGAUCGUCGCUAAGAUGGGACAAGUGCUGCGCUACAAGCAUUACGCCUUCGAUGUGUGCUUUGAUGCGCAGGCUUGUCGUUUGGCAGCACCAAAGCGAAGAAAUGUAGGACUCAUGGUGGAGCUGGUGAAGAUCUUGGACGAGGAGACUGAAUGUUUUACCGCCGUCCAACCGGUCAGUGCACCACUCGAUGAUCUGGAGAUACUGAUCACCCGUGAUGAGUAUCAACCAACCAAAGAGAUGCUGCCGAAUGUGGUCAAUGCGACGCUGGUGUACUUGUGCGAAAAGCUGGAACAGGAAUUGUACAGCUGUCUUGGCGUUGGCAUCGUACGGGCGGUGGAUGAUGAGCGCAAUGUUCACCUCAUCCACUCGUUGACCCCGCAGCAGCUGGACAGGGUGAAGGUUCUGGCACUUUGCAAUACCAGUCUUCCGAGCCAAGUGAGCCUGAAGCUGCAGCCAACGAUGAAGGGCACCAUUCCAUAUCUUCAAAAUGUUUCCGUUAAACAGUUACCACCAGCACCACCAGCGCCUUCAGCGUUGUCAGAAGAGCCAUCGCCUUCUGGCCAUUGAUUUGUCAACGUUGGCGUUUCCGGAAAUAUGUUCUUUUUUUUUUAAUUGUGGUGCCCCAUGUGGUGCAGGCCUGUGCCCCGAAAAAAGGGUGUACUCCGUUGAAGGAGUGAAUGUAUUUAUGCGUUGAACUCGUGAAAUAAAUUGUCUGGAGGUAACGAAUCUCCAGCAGAACGCAA